GCAGCGGGCUGCGCCGUACGUCCUUACGCAGCCCGCUUACGUGGAUAUUUCGAGUGUUGUGCAAAUGCUUGUGAUUAUAUGGCGGUGUCAUUACUGCGAGUGUUGGUGCUGGGUGUUAUCGCGGCAGCGGCCGACGAAAAUGUACCGAUAAAAUGGUGGGGCUCGUCCCCGGCGGUGCUCCCGUGCGUGGUGCCGGACGCGGAGCGGGUCGCCGUACGCCGCCCGCCGCCGCCGCUAGAGCCCGAGGACCGCUCGCGCUCGCACCCGUACGUGUGGCGACACGGUACCCACGAGAUCAGGAAUGUUUCGCGGGACGGUUCGCUGACGGUGUGGCGGCAGCAGGACGGCAGCAGCGAGGGCUUGUACCAGUGCGCCGUCUCCACAGCCGGCGGCCUCGUGCUCGGAUACCCGAUACAUUUGAAGUUCGCAUAUAUGGAAGAGGAGUUCUCGGCGGGUCCGGCGGCGGCGAGCGCGCCCGCGGGGCAGCCCGUGCUGCUGCGCUGUGACAUCGGCUCCGGCCCGCCCGCGCGGCUCCGCUGGCUGCGCGACUCGCGCCCACUGCAGCAUCAUCACAGAUAUUUUACUUUGGACAACCAGUUACUCAUCCUAGACGUGCAGGAAGGAGACGAAGGCGUCUACAGUUGUGAGGCGACUAACACCGUGCUGAACGUGACGCGCGCGAGCGAGGGGGCGCGGCUGGCGGUGGCGGCGAGCGCGCCGGCGCCGGCGGGGCUGCUGCCCGUGCGGCAGCGCGAGGAGCUGGCCGUGCCCGUCGGCGCCGCCGUGCUGCUGCCGUGUCCGCUCACCGGCUGGCCCAGGCCUAAGAUAAUCUGGAAGGUGACUCCAGCGGAGGGCAGAAGCAGCGAGCUAGAGUCAGUGGAAGAGGUGCUGGAGCUGGUGGGCGUGCAGGUGGAGGAUGAGGGGAUCUACACUUGCGCCGUCGAGGGACACGCGAACCUCACCAAGUCGUUCAAGGUGUCGGUGACGGUGCCGGCGGAGCUGACGGUGCCGCCCAGCUCCAAGCAGAGCAUCCGCGCGGGCACGGUGCGCUUCAACUGCACGGCGACGGGCCGCCCCGAGCCGCGCCUCACCUGGUACAAGGACGGCACGCCGCUGCUGCUCGCCGGACGGAUCGUGGUGCUGCCGUCGACGGACGGCAAGCGGCUGGAGCUGCUGAUCCGCAGCGUGACGUCGGAGGACGCGGGCGUGUACCAGUGCGUGGCGGCGGGCGGCGGCGCGGUGCGCAGCGCGUGGGCGCGGCUGAGCGUGACGGGCGCGGAGGCGGGCGCGCCCGGCGGCGUGCGCUGCCAGCCCGCCGGCGCCGCCGCCGUGCGCGUGCACUGGCCGCCGCUCAACGCCACCGUCAUGGCCUACACCGUGCACGUCAACGACAUCGGAGGAAAGUCGUUGCCCGGACAACCGUUCAACAAGACAGAAGACAUCGUCAGCGUCGAGAAACCGUUGACGCCUUACGAGUUUCAAGUCCGAGCCUACGUGCACUCGUCGAGGACCAAUAGGACCAUAGCCAGCGACUUGUCCAACCCCGUCAUCUGCCAGGGUCAAGGAGUGCCGAUCCGGCUGGUGCGCGCGGGCGCGGGCGUGGUGGUGUCGUGGCGGCAGUUCGCGGAGGCGUGGCCCGGCGUGCGCCAGUGGGUGCUGCAGGCGCGCGGCGCCGCCGCCCCCGCCGACCGCACGCUCGACGCGCACGUCACCAACUACACCGUCGCAGUGCCGGCAGACAGCCCGAUGCAUUUCCGCGUGUUGGGCACGCGCACGCUGCCGUGGCUGCAGCAGAACCUGACGCUGGUGCCGUGGACGUCCACCGCCGCCGCCAGCGACCACGCCGACACCGG